AAUAUCAAGAUAAGGGCUGACAGGUGUAUUGAACUCGAUGAUGGACAUUGAGCAGGUAGCUUUUCCUAACAACGAUAACACUUGGGUUAUCCAGUCAGCGGUUUAUAAAAACUCGAGUUGUCUGUUGCUAAAUGACCAAGCAAUUUUUAUACCCAUUACUAUAUUUUUGUGGGAUAUCUAAAUCAAUGCUUCUUUGUUCAGGCGGCAUUGGAUUGCAUCUGUUACCGAUCCUCGUGUGUGUUCUCACCUUUGUUGCAGUCACGUCUUGUUAUUUCCUCUCUCUUACACAAGACCACUUAUCACCGUAUUUUCCGUACAUCAGUGAUGCUGGUUCAAAGAUCCCAGAAAGUUGUAUUUUCGGUCAAUUAUUAAAUAUUGUUUCAGUUUUGGCAGGUUUAUGCUUCUACUCAUGGCAUAAACAUUUGCUAGAUUGUAGCCAGAAAUUUAAUCAACAAUGUUAUCGUCAAAUUAGAUUGGCUAGAGUUGCUUUAUGUUUUGGUCUUAUAUGUGCAGUUGGUAUGAGUAUAGUAGCCAACUUUCAAGAAACAGCUGUUUGGUCUAUGCAUCUCCUCGGUGCAGGUCUACUUUUUGGUGGUGGUUCGGCGUAUACACUUGCUGUUACAUAUAUUACAUAUAAAUAUCUUGGACAUAGUCGAAUUCGGAUUACUCGUUUGGUAUUGACAUUCAUUUCUGUUUCUUCAUUUUUAUUACAACCAACAACUGGAUUAGUCGCACGUUUCAUGUAUGAUGGUGAUAAUAUUAGAAAAUGGAAACCAACUGAUCAAGGUUAUUCGUUUCAUGUAGUAAGUAGUAUGUCGGAAUGGAUUACAGCUUUAUCAUUUAUAUGCUUUAUUUUUACACUGGUAUGGGAAUUGAAAGAUUACAAAGUACAUGAAAUAAAGAUUGUUCAUCGAUGGAGUAUAAUAAGUGAUGAUAAUUAUGGUAAUAAUAAUGAUGACAAUAUGCUUUCCUAGAAUUUCUUUUUCUAGAUUUAAGCUACUUUUAAAUAGAUGAAUUUCGAAUCACAUCUCUUAUCUGUCCACUGUUCUUUUUCAUAUUUAAGAUUUCUUUAUUGAAGUAGAAGAUCAUUUAUAACCAACUUUUUAUGAAAUUAUAUUUGCAUAGUUAACUAAUCCUUUUUUUAAUUAAAAGAAAUCGUGUAUACUUGUCAUUUUGUUUUAACUGAAAUAAUUUAUUACAGAUUUGGUUAUUGUUUGUUCAUGAAAUCAUCAUAUAAACUGUAACUGUCUCAUUAUAAUUUCAUGAUGGAAGUAAAAGAAAAAUUAAUUUUAUCAA